UGCAUUUGCCACAGCAUGGCGGUAAAGGCCAUUAACGACGAAGGACAUUUCCAGGCGGAACUGUCGGCCGCUGGUGGUAAGCUUGUGGUUGUCGAUUUCACAGCGACCUGGUGCGGUCCGUGCCGCAAUAUUGCGCCACUGUUUGAGCAACUGCCGGGCAAGUAUCCGAAAGCCGUGUUCCUUAAGGUAGAUGUAGACAAAUGUGCCGAUACGGCAGCAACCCAGGGAGUAUCCGCGAUGCCAACAUUCAUCUUCUACCGUGCCAGGACCAAAAUUGACCGACUACAGGGAGCAGACAUCAAUGGGCUAGAGGCAAAGAUACAGAAACAUUAUGCGGCCAGUGCAGAUGAAUCCGGAGAGGACUAUGGUCAGGGAAUGCUUGAUCUGAACACGUUCAUCCAGAAGAACCAGUGCGAAUGCUUAAACGAAGCGGACGAUCAUCCGUGGACGAAUGCGCUGACCGCGACCGGGGGCCACCUUGCGUCCGACUGUGACGAGCAGCUCAUCAUAUCGAUUACCUUCAACCAGGUGGUGAAGCUGCACUCGCUGAAAAUCAAAGCACCACCAACGCACGGCCCUAAGCACAUUAAGCUGUUCAUUAACCAGCCACGCACGCUCGACUUCGAUAUGGCCGACUCGUACGUUUCGGUGCAGGAUCUGGAGGUCGAGCCGAAAGAUCUGGAAACGGGCAAUCCGAUCAAGCUGCGAUUUGUCAAGUUCCAAAACGUGCAAAACAUUCAGCUGUUCGUGAAGGAUAAUCAGUCCGGUGGCGAGACGACAAUCAUUGACCAUCUGGCCUUCAUCGGGCAACCGAUAGCGACGACGAAGAUGGACGAUUUUCAGCGUGUAGCCGGCAAGAAGGGUGAAAGUCAUUGAGCAGAUGGAAAAAAUCGCAAUGAAAUGCGUUCGGUUUCGGU